CUGCCGCACCGCUCCGCCCGGUCACCUUCGGCGGGGCGGCCGCCAUGGUGUUCCUCCCGGACGAGUCGCGGUCGCUGCCCCCGCCUCCCCUCGUCAACAAGGGUUCGGUCUGGCUGGGUCUGACCGGAUGGAUCGCGGCGCUGCUGGAUAACGGCUUCAACCACCGGCCCAUCAUCCGAGCCGGUGUUCACCGCCAGAUCCUGUUCACUACCGUGGGAUGGUUUGUUGGCUAUUACCUUGCUAAACGUACAGAGUAUGUGCACGCUAAAGUGGACAGAGAGUUGUUUGAGUACGUCAGGCAGCACCCGGAAGACUUUAAGGCAGCAGAAAAGAAGAGAAUAGGAGAGCUUUUGGAGGAUUUCCACCCAAUUCGCUGAGGUUUUCUCCAGCGGCAACAUGUCGCUGAACUGAUUCAGCACCGAGAACUUCGUCGGGCUGGCUGUAACCGUUCAACCGUCCAUGGCUUGGAAAAGGAACCAUUACUUGCUUUCAUCUAAUAAAAGCUAUGAUUAAAUA